AAUUCAAACGAAAAUAAAUUUCUUUUAGAACAAUUUUUCAUUAGAAAGAAAGUUUUCCAUUAUUUUAUUCUAUUUUAAUUGAAUGACACAAUGGGUUAUUCUUAUUAUCUGAAGAACAAUUUUUAUUAAAUUUAUAAUUCAAGCAAAUUAUCACAAUCAAGUGGUUUUUGAUUUUAUUUUCUAAACAAACAUACGAUCUUUCAGUAUUACUAGAUUUAUUCUAUCUCUAAGACUUGAUGGGAUGAUACAAUGUAUAUACAGCCAAUGCUGUAUAAUUAGUACCCAGAUAUAUACGUAUGUAUAUAUCUGUAUAUAAUGUUUAGUUAGAUACUUUAAAAAUCGAUAUUAUAGUGUUAACUCAUAUUAAACUAAACUACUUAUAUUACGUUUGAAAAAUCUGUAAUUAGCUGUUAAACAUUUUUCAUCCAGGAGAUUAUUUCAAAUUAUUAAACAAAAGAUCAAUUCCAAAAAAGCAACAUAAAUACAUGUAUGGAAUCAAGUAAAAAAAACCGGAAAUACAUGAUAUAUUGAAUCAAUGGAGUUACGAACCGAAAAAGGGAUUCCAUCAAACGAUGCAAUAUCUUUGAGUCAAGAACCUCAGUCGUCGCCACAAAUUCCAGCAGUUGUUAAACCACGGCGUGGAUCCAUAUUUGUUUCAGCACUUGCAGCGGAACAACAUGGCGCAUCAACUUUACCAACAGAUAAUGCAGGAUCGAUGAUUGUUAGAUUGGGUCGAUCUAGUACAGGUGGGGCAACUGUUGCAACUAGUACCAGUUCACCAAGUACAAAUGGAAUAACUGGAGUCUUACCAGAUUCAUCCGUUGAAGGCGUGAUUGUGACACCAUUUGCUCAAGUGCUUGUUAGUAUGCAACGAAUACGGAAUGCAUUUAUCAGGUUGACCGCUGCUCAAGUAUCAAAUAGAUAUAACAUCACAACCGUAUUUGAUUCGGUUCCAACUGGCAAUCUAGCACAAGAUAGUAGUGAUUAUAAAAUAAUCGCAAAUGAAACACUGGAAGAAUUAGAAUGGUGUCUCAAACAAUUGGAAAAUAUUCAGACAAAAAGGCCUGUCUCUGAUAUGGCUUUUUCAAAAUUUAAACGUUUACUCAACAAAGAGUUGAAUAGUUUUGGUGAAGCUGAUAAGUCUAGACAUCAAAUAUCUGCCUAUAUUUGUGAAACAUUUUUAGAAACUGAAAAAGACGUUGAAACCAAUGAAGAGAUUGAUUCUAUGCUGGAAAGACGACGUAGUAGUGGUCAGUCGCACAAUUCAACCAGUGGACAAGAUACAAAUACUACAAGUAAAAGACAGUCUUCAGGAACUUGUGAUCCAAAUGCUAAUGUAACCAAUACAAGGACACCGGAUACUACUUCUUCCCUUUCCUCAUCAGUUACAAAGACAAGAUUAGGAUCAACUGGAAGUAUGUCAACUGAAUCUCGCAAAAGCGCUCAACUAAAUGAUUCUAGUGGUUUGUUAACAACAAAAUUGUCAUCCAGUUCAAAGUCAACGAGUCAAAAUGUAGACGAUGGUAAUGGGCCAUACCUACCUAUUCAUGGAGUUGAAACGCCCAAUGAUAAUGAGUUAGAGGAAAGAUUCUCGCAGUGCUUGGAUGAAUGGGGUUUAGACAUCUUUGAAAUUGAUCGACUUUCUAAUGGACAUGCCCUUACAACAGUUGCUUAUAGAAUAUUUCAGAAACGUGAUUUACUCAAAACAUUUUGUAUUGAUCCUCGUGUUUUUGUACGUUAUCUGUUAAGAGUUGAAUCAACUUACCAUGCUGAUGUUCCUUAUCAUAACUCAAUGCAUGCAGCCGAUGUUCUUCAAACAGCACAUUUUUUGUUACAAGCGGAAGCAUUAGACGAUGUUUUCAGUGACUUGGAAAUUUUAGCUGUUCUGUUUGCCGCAGUUAUACAUGACGUAGACCAUCCUGGAGUAACUAAUCAAUUUUUAAUCAAUACUGGUCAUGAAUUGGCUUUACAAUAUAAUGAUGCAUCCGUUCUGGAAAAUCAUCAUCUUUAUAUGGCAUUUAAAAUUCUAACCGAAAAAGAUUGUGAUAUAUUUGCUAAUUUAGGUGGAAAAAAACGUCAAACUUUACGUAGAAUGGUUAUAGAAUUGGUGUUAGCAACAGAUAUGUCUAAGCAUAUGAGUUUAUUAGCUGAUUUAAGAACAAUGGUUGAAACUAAAAAAGUUUCUGGAUCCGGUAUGUUGAAUUUGGACAAUUAUGCUGAUCGUAUACAGAUUUUACAAAAUAUGAUUCAUUGUGCUGAUCUUAGUAAUCCAGCUAAACCAUUACGAUUAUAUCGUAAAUGGACUGGACGUUUAAUUGAGGAAUUUUUCAGACAGGGGGAUAAAGAAAGAAAGUUGUCAUUGGAAAUUAGCCCAAUGUGUGAUCGUGAAUCUGUAGAAGUUGAAAAAUCUCAGGUCGGUUGUUAAUUCUUGUGUGUGCAAACUCUUCAUGUUUUUAACCGUGUAAAUGAGCAAUAAUAAAUUUGUUUUAUAAGGGCAAUGACAUUAAUAGUUUGAUAGUUAACUAACAACGUAGCUUUUGUUCUCUAUAAUCACGAAUUCAGAUACUACUCCACCUAACUCUAUCACGAUAACUGGGUAAUAUCACUGGCUGUCAUUCCCGUAGUACUUCUCAUAGACCGAUAUAUUUAUUUAUACUUCACAAUUGAGUUCUAAUCAAUUUUUAUGUAGAAAUAUAUUCCUUGUAACGAAAACCAUAUCAAUGCUUGAUACUCAUAAGUAAUACUAUAAGUUCUGAAUAUUCAUGACAGAUAUUACUGAAAACUACAUAAAGUGUUUUUUAUUAACAUUAACUUGUGAAGAAGAAUAUUAUCUGGUUUUAAUGUUUGUUAUUUUAAGAAUUUUUUGUGCUUCUCUCCUUUUCCAACAAUAUGGCUGAUCUCUCUUCACUAACGAAUUAUGAUUGUGUAGUUUCUAUGCUAAUUUUUUUAGUAAACUAUUACAUCACACUGAAAGCUUAAUUGUUUUUUCGAAAAUAAUAACAGUAUGUACAGUAAAUUGUCUUAGUUACAUAGAUAGUAUUAUUAAUAUUGUUAUUCGGAACACCAUUAUGGAUUAUCUCUAUAGAUAUGUGUAGUAAAUUAUUAUUACAACCCAUAAAAAUUCCGACAUGAUUGAUAUUGUAGGUGUAAAUAUUUAGUGCAAUAGAUAAUGACAAUUAUGUUUCCCAUUGACGAGUUACGUGCUCAUGUACUUCUCUUUGAGCCGCAGUGUUUAUACAAAGAUUAAUAAUAAAACUAAUUAGCUGCUCAAACAGACUAUGUGAUAGAAGGGUUUGAACCCGAAAUCUAUUUGUUAAAAAUGAGCCAUUUCCUUACCGACUAGAAUAACAUAACCAAAUGUGAUGUCAUUUUGUGGAGUGGCAAUCAUGGAGGUACUUUUUCUAGUUCAAACGAUCAACCGAGUGGACUACCAACUUCUUCUCAGGAGAGAAAAGUGUUAAUUUAUAGACUAAUAAUUGUGUCGAUACUGUUAUCGUUAAUAAUUAGCUUUCUAGCAGUGAAAUCGAAGGUGAACUAGUGUCAAGAACAACCGAUUCACCUGAUUGCAGUUGACAGGAGACUGACUAAGUGGAGAAUAUCAGAACUGCCCAGAACUAUUUUAACAAACACAACAGUACUAUUUUCAAACGCCAAAAUUCAAAUAAAUAAUAUUUCCAAAUGUUACAAGUCAGGUGCCAGAUACCUAAAUUCUAUAAAGUUUGAUUUUAGCAAAGAAGCUUCGUAAUACAAUGAUCCAGAUCAACCACCAAGUAAUUAUGGCUACCCAAGAUAAUCAGGACAAAGAUUAACAAAUUUACAAUCAUUUUGUCUUCAAAUGGAGUUUAUUAAAAUACAAGUCUAUGAUUUGGUUAGAGAUCAAAAAGCUAUCAGUUCCCUGAUGAUUGACAAAUCAGUAUCCGUUGGUUCAUAUUUUCGUUUUCGUAUAGUUUUUGAUAUAGAGCAGAGAUCAUCCAAUUCAGUUUGUGCCAAGUCUCUCACACCUGAUGUAGUUUAAUUUUGUUUUUAAAACGUCUUGAACAUCACAGACUCAUUUCUAAAUUAGUUACUAACUAACAUAUGAUUAUAGUUUGUUUUGAAAGUUAUGAAAGUUUUGUCUAAUUUUCGUCACAGAUUGACAAAUGUUGAAGUAUUAUUUAUCAGCAAUAAAACUUCAUAUUUACCUAGAUAUCCAAUGUGCUUAAGUCAGUUAAUCAGAACGAUUAUCUAAUAACAAUAUUUUACUGAAUGAACAGAAAAAUGUCAUAAAAGAAAACAGAAAUAUUUUUAACUUCUUAGUUAUGAAGUACAACUCAGAAACAAUAAGACGUUUCGGUUAAUAUAAAGAGCCAAUAUUGAACAUAACAAUAUCGAACUAUUUUGUGUUAGUUUCUGUGUUUCAUAGAAUGAGACGUUGUCAAACUCACAAAAUAACAUUAUUUCUAAGACUUAAUACAAUGCAAUAAAAUGAUGUUGUGUUGUGCGCCCCUUAUGCGGACAAACAUAAGUACUAUAUAGCAGGAAUUGGGAGUGAAAUGCUUACCAGCAGAAGAUAUUAUGUACAGAGAAGAGGAAGGAAAACAGUUAGCAAACGGAAUAACAAGAGGAUUAGAAGAAUGAUGAAGGAUGUAAAGGACAACUGAAAGAUGUGUAGAUGAUAUAUAUAAUGUUUGAUUUUCAUAAUUUACAAAGGCACUGUGUAAUUUUGCAUUAAAACAGAAAUUGUUUUACCUCACCAAGUCUUUAUUCUCUACAAAAUGAAUUACAAGACUACAGUUAGUGUUUUUUAAGCCUAAAAUAUUUAAAUGGAAUAUGCGGAAUAGCCACUGCAUUUGCAAUUAUUUAAAAUAAUUGAAUUCCAAUGUAAAAACUGGUUAAUGAUAUACAUAUUUUCAAUGAAAAUGAUUUAGUACAAUCAUUUCACAUUUUUCAACGCUACUCGAUUUAUUGUAUAAUUUCAAUUGAGAUCAUGAACCAAUCAAUGUUAAACCACCAAUGAAAACGUGAAAGCACUAGAUGGUCGUUUUGUCUUAGUAUAGGACUCCUCAAAAAUGUGUAUUCGUACUAGAACAAAACAGCCAUUUAGAGCUUCCAGGUUUUCAAUGGUGGCUUAACAUUGAUCGGUUCAUGAUCUCAA